AUGGUCACGCUCUUCUGUAUAAUCGUUGGUACGAAAGAAAGCGUAUUUCCUGUGGAUAUUGACAAGAGACAGUCGGUGGGGGACUUAAAAGAUGAGAUUAAGGUGGAAAACCGAAGGAAGAUUACAUGUCCUGCAAGCGACCUGCAGCUCUACCCUGCCAAGAUGGUAGAGGGCAAGUGGCUGGCCUCGAGCUCGGACGAUGUAAAACAGCUGAAGAAGGGCGAGAAGACUUAUCACGUUGUAGAGUUAAUGAAAGAAGACCAAAAGCUGCAAGGAGAGGACUAUAUUGCCGAUCUCCUUGAAGGUAUGGAGGAUCCAAAAGGAAAACAAAUUCACGUGCUGGUGAGGGUUCCGGAGCAUGCACAACCAAAGAUAGGGUUGCGGCUCGUCAGCGGAUCUAUUGAGAACGCGCUGGACACAAAAGGAAUUCGCUACCAUCUUUAUCGGCUGGCGUCAGCACGGUGUGGAUACUACGACCCGGCGCUCCGGAAAGAAGAAAAAGACAAGGAUGUCGCUUUUUGGUAUGAAGCCAAGAAAUUGCGCAUUCAUGUUCUAUUCAAGACAGAAAGAGAUGCAUGGCUAUUCAAAAAUGCCUUGGACUCGGAUCCGCAUACGCUUGGCUCUCGAUUGUCCGGCCAAAUUAUUACGUGCAAAUUUACACGAUUUGAAGCUGGGUAUAUUGAACUACAGCAUAUCACGUUUCUCGACUAUGAUUCACAGGAGUCAGAUUCUCCGCAGACUACACUGAUAUCCAUUUCGUCGUCUACAAUCCGUUCGGUUCUGGACUUCGCAAGUGAAGAGUAUUGUUGUAUGCGAAUUGAAGAGGACUGGCUGUUUUGCCCAUACGGCAAGCCAGAAAGCUGCCACAUGAUUUUGAGAAAGCAAUGCAAUCGCAACAAGAGUCAAUUUGGCAAGUUCGAUCAUGAUCCGAACAAUAGGCUCGCACUUUCUCGCGAAAUGCAUGGCUUUUACGACGGUCUCAGUCUUGACAUUCCCAUCGUCAACAUGUUCCCAGUAUCUGUUGAGGAGAAACUAUCAAAUGGCAGCAGAUACAAGGUCGAGGUGUUGGUGAAGGUAUACGACUUGUAUUGCACCAAGCGCGUCUUCUAUCGUUUAAGAAGUGGAUCAUCGAGGACCGAUGAUCCACUUGUGAUGAAGACGUUUGUUUACGUCGAGAAUCCUGACACGUUUUGUUUUUGCAUGAAGUGGAAGCAUGAUGAAAUCGUGAAGGUGUGGAAGAGUUUUUCUGCCCGCAUUCGAUUGAGUAGAAUCAUGGAGAAUUGA